AUGCCUUUCAACGAUGCAAACAAGGCAGACUUGCCAACACCUGGAAAAGCAACUCGAGGCUUGCAUGCUGAUGAUCCCGAUCAUGUCACAAGUCCAAACUAUCCGCUCGCUCCUUCACUUUCGUUAAGCAGUACGUUCAGACUACCCCACCCAGCAUCACAAAUUGGUCAAGAAUUGGCCGAAACAGGUGAAGCAGGACUAGACUGGCAAAAGCCUCCAGUUCACAUCUAUUCACGAUUCACAAGUGAAACAAGAGGAAGAACAGAACAAGUUUUAUCGAGCUUGUUGGAUUCACAUGCGUUGACGUAUGCGAGUGGAUUGACGGCUGCAUACGGUGCAAUCUUACAUUAUGCACCUAAAGUGAUCGCUAUCAGAAGAGGAUAUCAUGGCGUUCACGCUGGUAUUAAGAUCUAUUCACGCACACAAGAUGUCAAGAUUAUCGAUCUUGAUGAUGAAUAUCCAAAAUUAGACGUCGGAAAACGAGGAGAUGGUAGCGAUACACCAAAGGGUGGGCUAUUAGUCUGGGUAGAAACACCGUUGAAUCCAACAGGUGAAGCUCGUGAUUUGCAAUAUUAUGCCAAACGUGCACAUGAAGCUGGCGGUGUGAUUGCAGUAGAUUCUACUUUUGCACCUUUGCAAGAUGUAUUCGAACAAGGAGUGGAUAUGGUCAUGCAUAGCGCAACAAAAUACUUCGGAGGACAUUCGGAUUUGUUGAUGGGUAUCUUGGCAGUGAAGGAUAAGAAGCAAUGGGAUCAAUUGUUUGAUGAUCGUAGUCAUUUUGGAGGUAUGCCAGGUAAUAUGGAAUCAUGGCUACUUUUACGUUCUUUGCGCUCAUUACAGGUUCGUUGGCGUCAACAAAGUACAACUGCUACCAGAUUGGUAGAAUGGCUUCAAACCUUAGUGCAAGCCACAUCAUCGAGCUCAACAGUAUCAAAAGAAGAUCAAAAGAUUGUCUCAGCAGGUGUAGUCCAAAGAGUAUGGCAUGCAAGUCUACAACCCAGAAAAGACAAAGAUACAAGUGCGACACCACGAUUCGAAGAAGGUAAAGAUUUCAAUCCUGCCGCUCAAAUGAAGAAUGGUUGGCCAGCAACGUUUGCAUUUAGACUUUCAGAUAAGAAAAAAGCCGCCCUUUUGCCCCAUGAGACAACAUACUUUGCAGCUGCUACUUCUUUGGGUGGAGUUGAAUCAUUAUUGGAACAUAGAUUAGGAUCCGAUCCAACAGAAGAUCCUUGUUUGGUCCGCGUCAGUGUCGGUCUUGAAGAGUUUGAAGACCUUCAAGCUGAUCUAAGAGCUGCUUUUUUAAAGCUUAUUUGA